AAAAACCGAGACAGAUGCCGAUUCUUUUUCUGCUGUAUCACAAUGUGACCUCUCUCUCCCUCUCUCUCUCUAUGCAACUACAUGAUUAUUUUUUUCUUGGAACUAGCCAUGUUUUAUCAAUAUACAAUUGCAAGAUAGAUCAGGCUUUUAAUUUUUAUUCAUAAUUUUGAAGCAAAAGCGAAAAACAUCAAAGAACCCAUUUGGCCAUUUACAGAAGGCUUUGUUUCUCACCUACAUCUCUCUGUUGAGAGGUUUAAUGGAGAGGACAAUGAAUAUUUUAGCCUCCAAAACACCAUACAGAAGCAGAGGCUUCUGUGUGAGGAUUAGGUUUUUGCACAACACCAGACACGGCAGAAACCCAGAGAAGAGUUUUUGUUACAUAUCUUUCAAAUGGGUUCUUUGGUUUUCUCUUGCAUUUUACCUCUUUUCGUCUUUCUUUAUCACCCAAACCAAACCCACCCCCACCUUUAUUUCGAAAGCCACUGUUUUUCCUUCCAAAGCCAGUCGUGCUCUCAUUGAAGAAUUGACUCUGAAGCCCAAAAGCCCAGAAGGUUUAUUGAAGGGGAUGAAGGUGUAUAUUUACGAUUUACCAUCAGAAUAUAACAGUUAUUGGCUUUCAAAUGAGCGGUGCAGCAACCAUUGGUUUGCAUCGGAGGUGGCUAUUCACAAAGCAUUGAUGAACAGCGAUGUAAGAACAUUGGAUCCAUGGGAUGCUGACUUUUUCUUUGUGCCUGUUUACGUGUCGUGCAAUUUUAGCAGAGUCAAUGGCUUCCCGGACAUUGGUCAUGCACGUCCUCUUCUAGCCUCCGCCGUGCAGCACAUUUCGUCUCAGCUUCCGUUUUGGAAGCGCAGCCUUGGCUCUGACCAUAUUUUCGUUGCAUCCCAUGAUUUUGGUUCUUGUUUUCACACCAUGGAGGAUAUGGCAAUGGCUGAUAGUGUGCCAGAGUUUUUGAGGAAUUCAAUAAUAUUGCAAACUUUUGGAGUCAAUUAUAAGCACCCAUGUCAAGAAGUGGAGAAUGUGGUGAUUCCUCCGUAUGUUUCACCGGAAAAUGUACGCUCCACCCUGGAGAAAUCGCCGUUGACGGACCGGCGUAAAAUUUUUGCGUUCUUUAGGGGUAAAAUUGAGGUCCACCCUAAAAAUAUCAGUGGUCGUUUUUAUAGCAAGCGAGUGAGGACAAUGAUAUUACAGAAAUAUGGCAAUAACCGGAGAUUUUACUUAAGAAGACACAGAUUAGCUGGUUACCAGUUAGAGAUUGCAAAUUCAAUCUUUUGUUUGGCGCCAUUAGGGUGGGCCCCUUGGAGUCCAAGACUUGUAGAAUCCGUGGUCCUCGGAUGUGUUCCGGUCAUUAUUUCGGAUGGUAUCCGUUUACCAUUCCCCUCCGCCAUACCAUGGGCGGAGAUAUCCCUUACGGCGGCGGAGAAGGACGUGAAAAAGUUGGGAAAAAUCCUUGAACAUGUCGCAGCCACCAAUCUCACAACAAUACAGAAAAACCUGUGGGACCCGAAUGUUAGGAAGGCCCUACUUUUCAACAAUCCAAUGGGAGAAGGCGACGCUACAUUCCAAGUUCUUGUUGCCCUAUCGGAGAAGCUAGACAGGUCCCACAAGAGGUCAAAGGUUUCGAGCCAAUGAAAUUACGAAACAUGGCAGGUUUUGAUUGGGUGCAAUAGGCUGCCAGAUUGAGGUCCCCUUUUUUUGACGUGGACGGUAAGGCUGUGUACAGUGACAGCUGUGAAUUAUUGAAUUGCUCACAAAAUGUGGGACCCGAUAUUUAUUUUCAAUGUUGCCACGUAGGAUCUUGCUGCUGAGUUGGCUUGAUGUGAUCGGAUUGUUCCUCUUUUGGCCCGAGGGGACACAGUUUAAUGUUGAGCAUGUGAAGAGGAAUGGUUUAUUGGUGAAAAUUAAAAUUGUACAUUUAAGGGAAGGGAGGUCCAUAUGAGUGCAGCUAAUUUAUUAUUGGAGUA